UUAUUCUUCUCAUUCAGUUCUCUCUCCAAUUUUACAUCUUACAUUUUUUUUAUUUUAUUCAGAUUAAUGUGUAAAUUUAUAGUAAUUAAAGUAGAUCAAAUCUGACAUGUGUCUUUCAAAAUUCCAACAUCAUUGACUCUACAUAAUUGUACAAUAAAUUGUCUAUAAAAUAAUAUUAUGUAUUCAGAUUCAUCAUCAGAUUCAGAGGACAUCUCAGAUGAAGCAAGAAUCUCACUGUUCCCUGUUGCUGAUUUAAAUCGAUUGGAACAAAUGAUCAGCUGGCCUCGGUGGAUCAUUCCUGUUUUACCUGAGGGUCAUUUAGAGGUUUUGUUAAGAGCUUCUACCGAUUUAGCUGCCCGUGGUUUAGAUACCAAAUGUGAGCCUUGCCAAAGAUUUAUCCGAGAAGGUUUAACCAUAUCAUUUACUCGUAUUCUAACCGAUGAAGCAGUCACCGGUUGGAAAUUUGGAAUUCAUAAAUGCAUUUUCCAAAACUGUGAACGCCUUCUGGAAUUAAUUGUUAUCAAACUUAAAGAUGAUUGUUUCCCUACUCUGGACCUUUUAGCUAUGGUCUUUAACCCAAACAAUAAGUUUCACAUGUUCAAUAUGAAUAGCCUUGAGAGCCUUUCAUCAUCUUCAUCUAACCAAUCUCAUAAUCAUGGAGAAGAAAAAGUUUAUGCCCAAUCUCCUGAUUCUCGUUGUCCUCAAGGAUGGUUAGUUGAUCUAAUUAAUUAUUUUGGUCGUUUAGAUGGUUUCCAAAAGUUAAUGGAAAGGUUUGAAAAAGGUCCACCAUUAACUGUGCCAUUGAUUGCCGCCUUGCUCAAACCAUUUGGACAAUGUUAUGAGCUUCUUACCGUUGAGACAGUGAUAACCUAUUUUCUAUCAAUUAUUGAAAGUGUGCCUAUCUUUCUGGAAAGUUUAAAUGAUGAAGAAUUGAAGAAAGAAUCAAAAAAUGAAGGGAAAAAUGAUGUUCUCUCUGGUGUUGUAAAAAGUUUAAAAAAUCUUGCAUCUCGUGUACCUAAUCAAGAGGAAAGAAUCCGAGAGUUGGAAAUAUUUCGUCUCAAAAUAAUUUUACGUCUAUUACAAAUUUCAUCUUUCAAUGGUAGAAUGAAUGCUCUCAAUGAAAUAAACAAAGUGAUAGCCAGUGUGGCAACAAAUUCAUUCAUGCGACUUGGUAAUAAACCUGAAGGUGGAUCAUCAAUAGCAACGACAACGACAACAGCAACAACAAUAACAUCAUCAACAACAAUACCAACAACGGCAACAACUUCAACCGCAACAACAACAGCUACAGCAACAGCAACAACAACAACAACAACAACAGCCAAUGAAACUGUCGAGAACAAUAUUUGUGACAUUUUACCCGCCGAUGUAGCCCCUUAUCCAGCAGCUUCUACCAUGGCAACAUCAUCAAUCGUUUGUGAUGCCUCCAGUUCAACUGAGGGUCAACUUAAUCUUGUUGAAGAAGAAGAUUGGUUAACUGCAGCUCGAAUGGCUCAAUGGAUUCGAGAGAAUAGGAUAUUACAAAUUGUUCUAAAAGAUAGUCUCCAUCAGCCUCAAUAUGUUGAAAAAUUAGAGAAAAUAAUUCGAUUUGUGAUAAAAGAGAAAGCCUUAACUUUACAAGAUUUAGAUGAUCUUUGGGCAGCUCAAUCGGGUAAACAUGAAGCUAUAGUGAAAAAUAUGCACGAUCUAUUGGCUAAAUUAGCCUGGGAUUUUACACCGGAACAAUUGGAUCAUCUAUUUGAAUGUUUUCGCAGUAGUUGGACUAAAGCGAAUAAAAAACAAAGGGAAAAAUUACUUGAGCUGAUUCGUCGUCUAGCUGAAGAUGAUAAAGAUGGUGUCAUGGCUAAUAAAGUGUUAAACCUUUUCUGGAAUUUAGCGCACAGUGAGGAUAUUCCAACUGACAUAAUGGAUCAAGCAUUAGCUGCUCAUGUCAAAAUAUUAGAUUAUAGUUGUUGUCAAGAUCGAGAUUCACAAAAAACUGAAUGGUUAGAUAAAUGUGUUGAAGAAUUGAAAAAAGAGGAUAAUGAUUGGGUUUUACCUGCAUUGAAAUUGAUACGAGAGAUUUGCUGUCUCUUACCUGAAGCCCCAUCCAACUUUUCCGCCUCAGAUACUCAAUCAAAUCUUAUAUGGGCUCCUGUUGUCAAACCAACCUAUCAGUCAACCGGAUGUGGUACAACAAUAUCAACACCAGUAACAACCAUUUUAUCGUUAUCAUCAUCAUCAUCAACCACAACUUUAACCUCAACUACUGCAGCCACCGUAUCAUUAACAUCAACCUCAAUGGCUCCAUCAGAAUCACCAACUCCUUCAAUACCAUUUAUUACUCCGGUUGAAAGAAGUAGCACCAUUCAAAUGGAAGAAGCAACAAUGACCAUCCCAUUGGAUCAAUUGGUAUUGGAAAACAUUGCACCAAAUAAUAAAAAAUAUCCAGAGUCUUCAUCUUCCUCUUCUUUCCAGAGUUUCACUUGUCCCGUUCAACCUCUGUCAAAGUCAAUUAAUCCAGUCCAAGCUUCGGUAACCCUACCAACUUUAUCUUCACCAUCAUCAUCAACAACACCACUCGUUACAUCAAUUUCUAACUCUACAGCCAGCAUUUCAUCAACAUUAACCUUAUCUGCAACCUCAAAAGCAACCGAAACCUCUACAUCACCACCAUCAUCAUCUUCAACAACAACAACAACAACUGCAACAACUAAUCAAUCAAGUGAAGUGAAUACUUCUCAUCUUCAUAAGCUUCCACUAAAAUUGACUGAUAAAAUUAGGCAAUAUGAUGAUUUCUUUUGUCAACGUGAAGUUAUUCCCUCAUAUGGACCUACCUUUCUAUCAAAUACCAAAAAAUAUCGUCAAGAGACAACGUCAACAAUAGAAACUCAUGGAGGUGUCGUUUAUCGUCAUGAUGUAAUCGGUAGAUUACAUAGUCAACAUUCCUUAGUAGUUUUAGUCUCUGAAAAUUUAUCUAAAUAUAUGAAAAAAGUUCGACAAUUAGCUGAAAAGAAAGGUAAUGAUGUUAAUGCGCAAACAAUUUCAGAGGGUAAAAGGUAUUCACAUAUGCAAGAAGUUAUCGAAAGGCUCAAUUUUCUAAGAUUUUUACUUAAAGAUGGUCGAGUUUGGUUAUGUGCACCCCAAGCGAAACAAGUUUGGCAAUGUUUAGCUGAAAAUGCCAUUUUCCAUGAAGAUCGUGAAGCCUGUUUCCGUUGGUUUUCCGUUUUAAUGUCGGAAGAACAAGAUUUAGAUCCUGAAAUUAAUCGUGAUUUCUUUGAAAAUAAUAUUUUAAAAUUGGAUCCAAUUUUAAUCACCGAAAGUGGAAUUGAAUGUUUUAAUCGUUUCUUUGAAGCAGUUAACCUUAAGGAAGGUAAAUUUAUUGCAAAGAAACACUGUCUUCUUACCCAAGAUUUGGAGCUUAUUGGUCUUGAUUAUCUUUGGAGGAUCGUUUUAAAUUGUAGUGAUGAAGUAGCAAAUUGGGGUAUUGCUUUGCUUAAAGAAACUUAUACCAAUCUUGGUCCAAAUUUAGAGCAACACCAAGUAAAUAUUCAUCAUGAUUUAAUUAGUUCCUGCAUGGGUAGAUUACAAGCUGCCUAUGAUACUGUUUCCAUUCUUCGUAAAGAUGAAUCAGCUGGAGCAAGAGUGGAAUAUGAGCUUUCUCGAAUGUCACGAGUUUUAAGAUUACUUUAUGAGUAUUUACACCAAUGUGAUACUGAUUUUGGUGAUGAACGAACAAUUCUUCCUUUGGUUAAAGCGGUUCGAGGUGAACAAGUCUCAUUGACAGUUCGUUUUCCAAAUCAAGCAAGACAUAUAGAGGAUAUUCAAAUAUGGACACAUCGAAAUGAAUAUAUAUCAACUAUUAAGAAACAAAUUUUAUCAAUGAUCAAAGCAAAUAAUAUGAACAUGGACGUCGAUUUAUUCCUCUGUGAUGAAAAUACUAAAAAUGAUGCUAAUCGUGAAGAUAAACUAAUUACAGAAUUACCUGAUCGUGAUGAAGUGGUAUUGAAUGCUAAGCUAUAUCAAUCCUCUCUGAAUGCUCCCACAUCUCCUGAUUCCUCCUCUGACAGCUCUUCCGGUUCGCCAGGUAACAAUUUUGAGGGUCCAAGUUUAGAGGCAGAAAACUCCCUACCAGGAGUGAUUCUGUCAAAGGAACAUAAAUAUGUUAAUUUUUUCUUGCAACUGCUUGAUCUUGGGAUGUCGCUUCGGCAUGAAUCUCUGUGUGAUACUGCUCCCUUGAUAUUAACCAUAAUACCUCCUGACGUGACUAUAGUCGAAAAUCUUAAAACUCUUUGUAAAAAAUGUGCAGAAAAUGUAAAUGAUACUGAUUUUGGCGCUGAAUUCGACGAAUUAUUUUAUGGAUCAUCACCCACCCGAAUACUUUAUAGUCUUGGCGUUAUUUAUGCUUUACUUAUGCCCUCAAGAAAUCCACUCUCAGAAGAGGCGCGAAUGUUUCAUUAUGAUUUCAUAAAAAGUGGCUGCGGUUUCAAAGUUGUCGAAUUACUAACGCGUAACAAUUUUGUAUCUACUGCUGCUGAUUACGCUAAAAUCUUAGUCUAUCAAACUGUGUUACGGAUAAGUGGACUAGUGCUAACCUGCCUAGGCCAUUAUCUGAUAUUAAAUUCAUCUACUCCAUCUUCAUUAGCAUCAACACUACCCAACAUUACAAGUUUAAAAAAUGUUGAUGACUAUUUGAUAAAUCUUCGGACAGCACUUGAAAUAAUUCCUCAUCCAUUAAGCGCUGGUAUGGUUAGAGAAAUUGCCAUACAAACAGCUCAAAAACUUGUUGAUAACGAUGAUGAAGUGUUUCGAUCUCGUGUUAUCUCAAGUUUACCCGAUCUUAACUCAGUUGGUUCACUAAUGAUGCUUUGCUGGGCAACGGUAACUGGUGAAGAAGCUGCUCUUCAUGAAGAUAUUGAAGUGCUUCAUCGACUUGUCGUCACUGGUAAUCUUCAUCGUCCCGACUCUCCUGUUUAUACUGUUUGUAAACUUGGUUUAAAUAUUCUGACACUUAUGUUUAUGAUAUCACCAUGGACUUUAGAUCAACUCAUUAGAGAUAGUGUUUGGCAUCGUUUUGUUAUCGACGUUUUAUUAAUUUGCCGUGAAAGAUCAAUAAGAUUAACAGCCAGUGAACAAUUUUCUUUAAUUGCUACCAAAUGUGCACUUAGCAAUGAAGUGUUGAUUAACUUCAUCAAUUUACUACAUCAUCAUCUAAGUUCAACCGUCUCCGUGAAUGGACAUUACAAUACUUCAGAAGAGUUUUUCCAUUUAUUUUGUAAAUUGUUAAAUAAUGCUCGAUGUAUCCGGUGUCCACUUCCUAUAGCUCAACAGUUCCUCGAAAAUGAAAUUUAUCUUCUUAGUAAUGUCAAGCAAUACCUAGUCCGAAAUGGGGUUAUUGAGGAAAAGUUACUGGAAGGCCAUCUAAGUAUAACCAGAGAGCUAAUUUACUUGCUUAAAACGAUUGCGAAAAAUGAAGUAUACGAUUUAAUUAGAGUAUCUGAUGAUCCAAGUCAACAACAAUCAGGAAAGAAAGAUUUAAUUCGUGUUCUAAUUGAUGAAUAUAUUUUCACUGCAUCAAGAGCAAUGGUCAUUUUGCAACGAGCAUCUCAACCUCCACCAUCCCAGCAACAACAGUCACAACAAUCACAACAGUCUCAAUCACUACCCUUGCCUGAGCUUCAGCCACAAACUCAAUUACAGCUACAACCAUCCCAACAGCAAUCACAACAGUCUCAGUCCCAAUCCCAAUCUCUACCGCUACCUCAAUUCCAGCCCCAGACACAAUCACAAUCACAACCAUCCCAACCAAUCCAACAACAGUUACAGCCCCAAUCUUUGCCCUUACUUCAGCUCCAGCCUCAGCCUCAGCCUCAACUUCAGCCUCAGUCUCAACCUCAACCUCAGAAUCAAUUACAACAACAGCAACCAAUUCAACAUGCACAAUCACAGUCUCAAACUCAACAAUCUCCACCAUCUGACUCUACAAAAAACGAUGUGAUCACUGUAACUCCCUCAUCAUCAUUAACAUCCAUACCAAGCUCCUCAACUUUUGAUCAAAGUAAUCUCAAUAUUGAAGAAGUUAAUCCAAUAUGCACCACUUCAGCCACCCUUAAUGCGGCUUACGAUUGCCUUGUAGCUUUGGGUACUGAUUGUAUACCAAAUUUAAAAUAUUUAGUUGAUAAUCUCAAUGAGAUGUUCUAUUCAGACAAUGAACAACAUCUUACUGAAUGGGAAUAUCAACCUCCUAUUGGGCCUCGACCAUCUCGUGGUUUUGUUGGUUUAAAAAAUGCAGGAGCAACUUGUUAUAUGAACUCAGUCUUUCAACAGCUUUACAUGAUACCCGAGGUUAGAGAUGGUAUUUUAUCAGUCGAAGGAGCUGCAACUGAUUUAAAUGAAGAUUUCUCAGAGGAAAUGGUGGAUAAUAUUAUCAGCACCUUAUAUCCCAGUGUCCCUGAAGAUGAUUCAAAACGGUCCGUCUAUGAAUCUCGACGUGAUUAUAAUCUAGGAGUUUUCAAAUAUACCCAAGCAAUUUUUGGACAUUUGGCUCUGUCCAAGCUUCAGUAUUAUGUACCGAGAGGCUUUUGGAGGCAUUUCAAACUUUGGGGUGAACCAGUCAAUUUACGUGAGCAACAUGAUGCCCUUGAAUUUUUCAAUAGUUUAGUCGAUUCUAUUGAUGAAGCUCUCAAAUUGUUGGGCUGUUCUCCAAUCAUGACCAAAAUUUUCGGUGGAUCUUUCGCCGAUCAAAAGAUUUGCAAGGAAUGUCCGCAUAGAUACUCUCGUGAAGAACCUUUUACAACUUUAAACAUCGACAUAAGAAAUCAUAGUAAUCUAUUAGAUUCAUUGGAACAAUAUGUUAAAGGUGAUUUAUUGGAAGGUGCUAAUGCUUAUCAUUGUGAAAAAUGUAAUCGUAAAGUUGAAACUGUUAAACGAUUGUGUAUCAAAAAGCUACCACCAGUUUUAGCAAUUCAAUUGAAACGUUUUGAUUAUGAUUUUGAACGUUCCUGUGCCAUCAAAUUUAACGAUUAUUUUGAAUUCCCUCGAGUUUUGGAUAUGGAUGCUUAUACUGUUAACGGUUUAGCUAAAAUUGAAGGUGAAAUUAUCGAAGAGGAUUUGGAAUACACAAGUUCACCUGGAUCUUCAUCUUGUCACAGUUAGCCAGCAUAAAAUAUUGAUGGUUCACGUAAAUGGUACAGAUUUGAUGACGGUGAUGUAUCAGAAUGUAAAUUGGAUGAUGAUGAAGAAAUGAAGGUCCAAUGUUUUGGAGGUUACUACAUGGGCGAAGGAUUUGAUCAUAUGUGGAAAAGGAUGUCAUAUAGACGACAAAAGCGUUGGUGGAAUGCAUAUAUUUUAUUUUAUCGUCGUAUGGAUACUCAAGAAAGUGAGAUGGCUCUUCGUUUAAGUGAAUUAACCUUUACCGAUAACGGAUCUUAUCAGAAUAAAAUCAAAAUGCCAGCAGCAAUUGAAAAAAGUGUCCAAAGACAAAAUAUUAAGUUUAUGCACAUGAAAAAUCAAUAUAGUCCAGAAUAUUUUCAAUUUAUGAAAAAAUUGUUGAAUGGUAAUGGUCAGAUUGUCGUUUCGCAAUUUCAACGGAAUGAACCUUAUCCAGGUGACUCUUACUCAUCAGAUGUACAAAGCAACAUUAAGAAAAGUGAAGCUGAAGAAAUUGCAAUGAUCUGUUCCCAACUCGCCUCGAGAUUUUUAUGAUGGAACAAGAGAGAAGACGGAAAAGAACUGGUCAAAAGCCCUUUAAGACAAACAAAACAAACAUACACACAUACACACAUACACCUUGCAUAAUGAUUCAAAGAUGAUAUUGAAAAUUCUGUGUAUUUUACAGAUAAAUCAAACUUCAGGAUAUCUCUCCCUGUUAAAAUUUCUUUAUCCUUCCAAUAUCAAUUAACAACCCUGAAAAUGUAACCUUGAAGUUCUGAUACUGUUGAUGUUUCUCCUCUUUCAAUACAAAAGGUAUAUAAAAAAAAAGAUUUACACACUUGAUGCCGGCUCUGUGCACUUCUAGCCAGAAUUAUCAUGAUAAUGAUGAUUAUGGAUGAGGAAAAAUCAUGAUGAAUGAUGGAAAAAAGAGAAUCAAAAUUUUCUCUUUUAUUCCAAAUUGAAAGAUUGCCAAAAAAAGUUCUUAUUCUUCUCGAUUUCUAAGAUGAUCUUUAUGGUGAUAAAAGCUUAGAAAUUAAAAGCCGUAAGAUGUAAACUUGCGAUGAAGAAACAAUGACUCAUGAUAUAAGUUCAAAUUCAAAUUCAUUGAUGAAAACGAAUGGAACUUUUCUGAUUAUUUUCUACCAUGAACCCAAUCAAAUUUUAUCCUGUAAAGAAACGAUGGUUAAUCAUUUUGAUGGACAGUUAAUUCACUUCGAAAUGUUUCCCAUUGACAGGUUUCUCCAUCUCUAUCGUUCUUGGUGUAUUAUUAUCAUUCUGACAACAAUCAUGAUAAUAGUUUUGUCCUGAUAAACUUCAAAUCAAACGAUUCAACUGAUUUCAUGAAAUAAAAAGUUCUUAUUAUUAAAAACAAAACAA